AUGAAUAGAUUUGAAAAGAAGGAUGAUGAUGAGAAUGAAUUCCCAUUCGAAUCAUUAGACAAGGGACAAGUAAUUCAAGAGAAGCGUGUAUUCAAUGAGAAUCAAAUCAAUGCUAGAAAGUGUUCAUUUGUAAUCUCUGAAUUCCUUUAUUUGUUGUCUCGUGGUGAUACCUUUACCAAUACAGAAGCUACAGAUGUUUACUUUGCUGCUACAAAGUUAUUCCAAUCAAAGGAUAUUCCAUUAAGAAGAUUGACAUAUCUUUUGUUGAAAGAGUUUAGUACUAUCAUGUCACAAGAGAUGAGUCUUAUUGCUACAAGUUCACUUGUCAAGGAUAUGUCUCACAAGAUUGAAUUAUAUAGAGCCAAUUCUAUUAGAGUAUUAUGUAAAAUUAUUGAUAAUCAAUUAUUAUCACAAGUUGAGCGUCAUAUUAAACAAUGUAUUGUUGAUAAGGAUCCACAUGUUUCAUCUGCAGCUUUGGUAUCGAGUAUUCAUUUAUUAAAGGUGUCACCAGACACUGUUAAACGUUGGGCCAAUGAAGUACAAGAAUCCAUCUCCAACAAAUCAAACAUGGUUCAAUACCAUGCAUUGGCACUCCUCCAUCGUAUCAAGCAACACGAUCGUUUGGCUGUCACCAAACUCGUUAGUGCUAUGAUUCGUAGUUCUCUUCGUUCACCAUAUGCUCAAUGUUAUCUCAUUAAAUGUGCUGUUGAAGUUAUCGAAGAAACUGGUACUCAAGAUAGAGCAUUCUAUGAUUAUAUUGAAUCAUGUUUAAGAAAUAGAAAUGAAAUGGUAUCUUAUGAAGCAGCAAGAGCUAUUUGUUCACUCAAGAAUAGUUCAUUAAAGGAAUUGACAUCUGCAGUUGGUACUCUUCAACUGUUCCUCUCUUCCUCCAAACCAACUCUUCGUUUUGCUGCCGUUCGUACACUUAAUAAAUUGGCUCAAGUCAAUCCAAUUGCUGUUGUACCAUGUAACCUUGAUAUGGAAAAUCUUAUCACUGACAAUAAUAGAAGUAUUGCUACUUUGGCUAUUACUACUUUAUUAAAGAUUGGUAAUGAAUCAAAUGUUGAAAGAUUAAUUAAACAAAUUUCAAACUUUUUGGAUGAUAUUAAUGAUGAAUUCAAGAUUGUUGUAGUAGAAUCAAUUACAGCUCUUAGCAUUAAAUUCCCCAAAAAGUAUAAACAAUUGAUUAUCUUUUUGAACAAGAUCCUUCGUGAUGAAGGUUCACUUCAACUUAAACAAUCAACUUUGGAUGCAAUCCUUAGUGUUGUCAAUCAUAUCCCAGAAUCAAAAGAAAUUGCAUUAAAUGAAUUAUGUGAUUUCAUUGAAGAUUGUGAAUAUUCUGAACUUUCAGUUCAAAUUCUUCAUUUACUUGGACAAGAAGGACCACAUACUCCAUCACCAUCAAAAUAUAUUAGAUACAUUUACAAUAGAAUUUCACUCGACAGUGGAACCAUCAGAGCUGCUGCCGUCACUUCAAUGGCCAAAUUUGGUUUAUUAAAUGAACAAAUGAAACAUAAAGUUGAAUUAUUAAUUCAAAGAUGUUUAUUUGAUGAAGAUGAUGAAGUUAGAGAUAGAGCAACAUUAUAUCUUAGAUUAUUUAAAGAGAAUAAUGAAAAGUUAUUAUCACAAUUAUUGUUGGAAGAUUUACCAGCACCAGCCAUUAAUAUUCAACGUAGUUUGGAGCAAUAUUUGGAGAGUGGUAGAGCAGCCACCGAGGCAUUCAACAUUGACAAUGUAAGCACAGUUGUUGAAACAUCACCCAUUCUCAGCUCUGGAAAGGCAUCGGCCACCUCUACUCCAAAGGCUGGUGCUAUUUCCUUGGCCUCUUCAUCCUCUGCUGCCGGCGACUCUACACCAAAGGGCAAGGAAGCAGGCGAGACUUAUGCUAUCAAGCUCUCCAACAUUCCACAGUUUGCUGCCUAUGGCAAGUUGCUCAAGAGCAGCGAAAUCAUUGAAUUGACUGAAACCGAGACUGAAUAUGUCGUGUCUUGUGUCAAACACAUGUUUGCCGGAUACAUUGUCUUUCAAUUCACCGUCAAAAACACUCUUGAAGAUCAAUUACUCGAGAAUGUGUUUGUAAAGAUGGAACCAAAUGUUCGUAUCAAGUUUGAGACCUAUCUCCCUAUCGACAAGUUGGCUUUCAACGACCCAGCCGACUGUUAUGUUGCCUUGCGUAUCCAAGACUCUACCCCUCUCAUCAAUUUCAAUAAUAUCCUUCGUUUCCGUGUCCGUGAAAUCGAUCCAUCGACGGGCGAGGCAGACAGCAGCAGCUACGACGAACAAUACAACAUUGAAGAGAUUGCUCUUGUUCCACGCGACUACAUUAUCCGUGGCCAACCAGCCCCCAAAUUCUUGGAGGAAUGGAAAGAGUUGCCAGAGGAUAUUCAAUCAAUUCAAAGAUUCUCACUCAAUAUCAAGAGCAUCGACGAAGCUGUCAAGGAGAUCGUUCGUACACUCGGUAUGGCUCCUUGCGAGAAAUCAGAGGUCGUCCCUCCAAAGGCCAACAAACAUAUUCUAUACAUGUCUGGUAGAUCAGUUGCCAACAACAACAUGUUGGUUCUCGCUCGUGCUCGUAUGAUGAUUGAUCAAUCUGGUCAAAAUAUAGAUGUCGAAUUUGCUGUUAAAUCUGAAGAUGAAGAUUUUAAUGCUUUCGUUGCUACUGAAUCUUUUUAA